CUAUUCAAAAAUUCUAAGUACAUCACAACUGUGACAUUCAGAUCUUAUGAUCUGGCCCAAAAAUUACUUUGCUCUGACCAUAGUCGAGAAGUACAAGUAGCCGCUCUACACAUAAUCAAAGCAGCAGAUCCAGCCCUUUACGACGUGAAGCUCAUAAAUACACUAAUAAGACUCUUCCGGAACACUUGCCCUCAACCAACGAGCACUGGUGAAUCACAGCUGGCCGUGGAUAUCUUAUUGAACUGUGUGCCAGAGCAUCAACAUGUUGCCACACUAUUAUUACGCACAGAAACUACGCAUCCAGAGGACCAUGAAAAAUGGAAAUAUUUCUACAAAGCAGUGGAAAGCAGUUCGCUGCAGGAUGAGUUGAAAGAAGAAUUCUGGCAUCGCAUGCGAAAAUUCAAGGUUUUCCGACCUAACUAUGCCCAACGAGCCCUUACCGCUAACUCAUUCAGGGACUGGCGGGAAAUCACAGAACUCGGAGGUUUUACGCUCUACACCACUUCUGCCUCUGAGUCAAGAUCUGGAGCCUUUGCACGGUCAGAUGUUGACCUUCGUCUGAAACAUCGCAAAGAGGACCAUAGCCUCUUUGGUGUUAGUUUUGACUCACAGGCAUUGGAAUCUAUGCUUGGAGAGCAGAAGCAGCAGAGUACCCCAGCUGAACCGGAAGCAAAUGUGCGAAUAUCCGUGUUUGACCAUGCAUUGCCGGUGAAUACAAUAUUCAAGGGCUCUACUGAAAUGUUGGGAGCUGCAUGGAAUGCCGAUGGUCAAACAAUCAAAAUUCUAGAGGUGAAAACCUAA